AUGUCGUCUCUCACCGUGAUCACCGAAUUAGAAAUCACCGAGCCUGAGUCGACAGAUGUGACAGUUCCUCAGCCUACCCCUUGCAUUCAGGAUGUCUCAGUGUCUGUCAGAAACUACGCGCCCGUCUACGACCGGUUCACUAAGCUCCAGAAGAACCUUAUGACGGGCUUUGUUGCAUACGCCGGGCUCAUCGCUUCAAUAUCCACAACAACCGUCCUCGCUGCUGUGCCGGAAAUAUCUAGUGAAUUCAAGACGACACCAACGAUCAUAAAUAUCAGCAACGCCGUAUAUCUUUCGUGUGUAGGGUUGUCCUGCUUCUUCUGGGGACCGUGGGCGGAUAACUUUGGGCGCAAGUCGGCAUACAUUGGCAGUAGCACAAUGUUUGUGGCAUUUUCCAUCGGCACGGCGCUUUCCCCAAACUUGGUCUCCUUCUUCAUCUUCCGUGCACUGACUGCUUGUCAAGUCACCGCUCUAUUGAUUGUCGGCCCAACGUUAAUUUCAGACAUCUACCAUCCGGUUGAACGCGGCACAUCCCUCAGCUGGUUCGCCCUUGGAACCAUGUUCGGGCCUGCCUUCGGGCCGCUUCUGGGUGGUGUUGUUGUCACCUACUCCCCCUGGCGUACCAUUUUUUGGGUGCAAACCGCUCUCGCGGCACUCGCUCUGCUGCAAGCCAUCUAUACCCUUCACGAGACACUCCAAUAUCCCCGCUACAUCGAACUACGGGGACAGAAAUUCCGACCUGCUCUAUCAAUCCUGUGGAAGUGGUCCAAUCCGCGAACUGUCUUCGAAAUCUUUACGGAGAAGAACCUUCUUUGUGUGGCAAGUACUCCACAUACGGAUUCUCGUUCGCAGUAUGAUUGGAUUAGAGAGCUUACAAAAGCAUGGAAUAUGUUUUCCUUAUUAACUCCCAUCCGAUUCGUCCUGAACCCAACGUUAAACCUGACGAGCCCUCUGCAAUCUGGGCUGCUCUUUCUGGCUCCAGGAGCUGGGUAUAUUCUUGGCACCCAAGUUGGAGGGCGGUGGGCUGACCGCACUGCGAAGUCAUGGACACGAAGACGAGGGUACAGAUUGCAAGAGGACCGACUCCGCAGCUGCAUCCUGACUUUGGGUAUCCUAAUGCCAGGCACAACCUUGCUAUACGGCUGGUCUCUUGACAGAAAUCUUGGCGGUAUUCCCCUCCCUGCGAUCAGUAUGGCUCUUCUAGGAUUCGCUCAAACUUUUGCCUCUCCGGCCUUGAAUGUGUAUAUCCUGGAUGUGUCUCAGAAUGAUAGCGGGAAAGCUAGUGCCAGCCAUUAUUUUGCCCGAUAUGUUCUCAUGGCUGCUGCCACAGCCACAUGCCUCCCUUCUAUCCAAGCUAUUGGCGUUGGAUGGACAGCUACCAUCUCCGCCGGCCUGGUGCUGAUCGGAGCAGGUCUUGUUCUCCUCGUCCUCAGGCUUGGGCAACGUUGGCGAGACGGCUCAUAA